AAAAAAAAAAAAAAAAGAGCCGAAUCCUGUGAUAUGCCGUGGUCAGGUGCGUAGUACAUCACGUGUGACCAUCACCGCUUCUCCUCAUCCGACGCAACGAUCUCUCCAAUGCACUUCUUUCUCCCCAUCUCGCCAUCGCUGAAUUUCUCCCAACACAAGAUUUUUAACUAGCCAUUUACUCCAGACACUGCGAUUAUUCCCUGCCUUCUAAUCACUUCGUGAAAGAAGGACAACGGCAGUUUAUCAUCCCGCGACAAUGAAGUUCUUAUCAGCUACCGCUGCCUUGUUCGGCCUUCUCGCCCCCGUUUCCGCUGCUGGAUCCCUCCAAGCUCGUGCUCCCGCGUUCUUUGACAUCUCCCAGACCCCGAUCAAGACUGCUGGUGAUAUUCCCGUGAAAGGAAACAACCCGUUGACUUACUGCGCCGACCCGUCGAGCUACAGCUUGGAUAUCAAAUCGGUCGACUUGACGCCGAACCCCCCUCUCCCUGGUAAAACUCUUGUCAUCGAGGCUGCGGGUACCUUGCAUGAAAGAAUCGAGGAGGGUGCUACCGUGCUCUUGGAGGUCAAGUAUGGCCUGAUCACCCUUAUCAGACAAACCGCCGACCUCUGCGAGCAAAUUGAAAACGUCGACCUCCACUGCCCGUUGGAGAAGGGUGACAUGGUUCUGAAGACGCAGGUCGAUUUGCCCAAGCAGAUUCCGCCGGGUAAAUACUCUGUUCACGCCGAUGUCUAUAACAACGACGAGAAGCAGGUUACCUGCCUUGAAGCUCAGAACAUUGAAUUCAAGUUCAAACGCUAAAUUUAUACCCCCAUUCACGGUCAUGUCGAAUACGGAUUAUUGUUGUUGCCUGCCUUAGUUAACGAUGCCCUGAUAUUAGUGUUUUGUUUGCACACCUGAUGCUUUUUGCUUUUCCCAGCGAUGCUGUCUGUCCUUUACGAGAUCCCAUAAUGUGCCAACAACCCUAUGCUCUUCCGUUUGCAGUACGGAGUAGACGCUACUAGACCCUCAUGGUGUUAUGACUUCUGGGCGUUUGUGACAUUUGCUAAGGUCUAUCGCAAUUAACUGCAUGUUAGCUAGUUCUGCACGUUGUAACAGCGUAAUAACAUUGCAUAUAUUAUUAUCGCAUAAA